CUUCAAAGCUUUCCCUGUAACCUGACACUUCUUUAGUAGCAAUAUGCGGUCUCCCUCUCUUUAAUUGCACGGCGACACAACAAUGGGGUUCACCAUCUCUCCCGAUCUUUUAAUCGUCUUGGAGUUUGUCUUCGCCGCGAUGGCGUGGACGGUAAUGGGCGCCCGGCUGUGGCUACGCAAGCGCCGACGCCAGCCCUUCGGCCUCAGCGAUUAUGUGACCAUGAUCUGCAUGGUCUCUCUCUUGGUGACCGUGUCCCUGAUCGCGGCAUAUGAGAAGAGCAACAUAAACAGCUUACUUCCAACGACGCCUCAUGACAUGGCCAUUGCGAGAAGAGCCACGAGGAUUUACGCGACGCAAUUAUACGCCUAUAUCAUCUACCUCUGGGGCCAGAAAUUGGUUGUGCUGCUCUUCAUCCAACGCGUCUGGGGUGGUCUUCCGUGGCCUCGCGUCUGGAUCCGCCUGGCCUGGGCCUAUAUCGCGCUGACGUUCGUCUUUGCAAUCGUCGCUUGGAGUGUGUCCUGCCGAGGGCCGGCGUAUAAUAUUGUUCUUACGGGACGCCCACCCGCACACUGUCUCAAUGAUGCGGGGUCACUCUACACCUACGUUGCGCUCAACACCUCCACCGACCUCCUCCUCAUCCUCCUCCCAAUCCCCUGGUUGAUUCAGGUACACCGACCGUGGUCCACACGUCUCCUCCUGGUCGGGCUCUUCUCGAUCGGGCUGCUCAUCGCCGCGGCCAGUCUCUCCCGCGCCUUCCUGACCACCACGAACAACGGCAUCAACAGCCUCAUCUCCCUCUUCGAGCUGCUGCUCGCCGCGCUGGCGGCCAACCUUCCGACCCUGUACAGUCUGCGGCGACGGAAGCCGCAGGCCCCCUCGCCGCCCGAUCCCGAGUGCAGUAUGCCGCCGCCGCACCCGCCGCAGCCCUGGACCCAGGCCCGCGUCCUCAGCGACACGCAGAUCAUCGCCGACUCCGGCGACACGGACACAGAGACCCAGUCCGAUCGCCGGAAUACGCGCGUGUCGAGCCAGGCCAGCACGGAGCCGCUGUUUCGACGGGAGUUGUAUCUUUAGCAAUCCUGUUGCGUGCAUCCUCUCUUCGGGUGUUCUUGGUUUUGUUAAACAGUCAGGGCUGGACCCUGGUCGGGGGGUCAUAGAGCCCCGCGGGGGUGGCGGCUCUAUGAUGUAUGCAUGGACUGUAUAUUUUUGUUAUUAUCAUUGGGGUACAUGACUCCAAACACGGGUCCCA